CCUUGAUGAGCUGAUUUCACAUGCCAAGCCGAUGCCAUUGACUGAGACCGAUGACAUCAUCAUAACGUUCCGGUACUUGAACUAAAACUCAAGACAACCCAGCUACAUCUUUAAACUUCAACUUCUUCUCUAAUACCAAUUCAGUUAAUUCAUUUGCCCUCCUUUUCUGUGCAUUGGCUCCUUAUAUACACGCUUGAAGAAAGACAGAAAAUAGCAUACAAAAUGGACAACCCUGAAGAUCAGAUACAGUAUGUCAUCCAGUCCCUAACACUACAUGCAUACCGAGAUCAGAAAAGAACUCUUGAAGAUUACUUCCUACCGAAUGCCUACUUCGUACAUCCUUUCUGCCGUGUGCCAUCCUUCAACGAUUACAAAAUCCCCUAUACGAACUGGACGAUCAACUCCCGCAUGUUCGUCUUCUAUAUCUACCAAUGGUAUCGUAUCUUGAGUCCGGAGAUCAAGCUUGAGGUUAAUUCGACCAGCUUCGAUCAAAAGAACAACCUACUAUACGUAACGCUCCACCAGGCAUUUACCUUGUGGUUCAUUCCAUUCUCUCUAUGGCAAGCCAACGUGAAGCUCGUAACCGUUCUAGAGCUCGAACAUCUACCUAUCGACGAGCGAAAUAAACCAUUACUUGGCAACAGAGAUGCUCAGGGCUCUGUUAACGGCGAUUCAGCCAUCAACGACGAGCCAUGGAAGCUAUACUUUAUCAAGGGUCAGCAAGAUCAUUACCACGUAGAGGAUUUCCUCAAGUUCAUUGCACCCUGGGGCGCUUCACUACUAUGGAACUUUUGGCAACUUUGGGCCACCCUUGUCUGCGCUCUAGGUGUCAUCUUCCUACGAACUCCCAUCGCCUUCCUCAGAGGACGGGUUCUCGGACUGGAUAGCUCGGCUAUUAAGAAGAAGCAAUAUCCAAAGACCCUGCGGCACAUAUGUCCUCAGAUUGCGAAAAAGUGCGGUCUUAAGGUUGGAGAUUUGCUUCUUGGGUUGAUGUUACUAGCACUUCAGCAACAAAACGAUCACAUCGACGAUGAUGAGGAGGAGGAUGACGACGUAUCGGCCUUGCUCAAUAGGAGUAAUUGGGCACCCCCCGAGAACUCACCGAAACUGAAACCUAUGGGAAGCGGUCAUAUUUUCCUCAAUGGGAAUGGUCUUGCAAAACCCACCUUUGGUGUUGGUCCAGUAGAUCGAUUCAGCUUGUCGGUAGGGCCAAGUCAAGUCCAGGUCAACGGCUCCCCUAACUACCCUUCACCUUCAAGUUCAAGCGCAACCACAAGUUCUGGCUCAAGCCCUGGAUCGCCGUCUCGAGGUAGGAGACCAAGCAUGCGGAUGGUCCCUCGAACAGUUCGAUUCUUGGAUACGGUAAUGGAGAAGUCGUCCCAGGAUCCAAGUCCUCCGGGGAGUGUACAUCACAUAGAAGAUUUGCCUGAGGAAGCUUCGCCUCGGAACGAUGAGCUUGAUUGGGAGAAACCUGAGAAGUUGGAUACGCCUAAUCAACCGGAGUAUGAUGGGGAUAACGAAGGGGAUGAGGUGAUGCAGGCAGCGAUACAGGACGCAAUACAGGAGGUUGAAGAAGCAACUGUGCUAGAGACAAUACAGGAAUUAACUCAAGAAACGCCAAACGGUACAGCUCAAGAGACCACUAUAGAGGUAAUAGAAGAGACGACAGAAGAGCUAUGGUCAGAUGAGGUGCAGAAAGCUGCGGAAGAGACACCAGUAUCUGUCACUAAAAACAAAGGCAAGGGGAAGGCAUAUAACAAACCACUCGAAAACGUCAAUAGUGGGAAAUUACCGAACGCCAAGAAGUAA